AUGAAAUCACUUAAAAGUAACUCAUGCAUUGAGUCCAUGAGCGCUGCAAUUCCCAUUUCUGAGCAACAAGGCUUCCCUCUUUCAGUAUCCAACGCCAACACAAAUUUUCAGCGAGUUCGGCUCCCAAGGCUACAUAAAGCACCAAAAAGGUCAAAAACUUCUAAUGGGAAGCCAAAGUGCAAUUUAAAAGAAUUAAACAGACAGAAUAAGUAUGACGUCUUUGUGGACCAAAUACUGGAUUUACAAACUUGUGUUAAAAAGACUUAUGGAAAUGCCAUUAAUGUUGAAUGUUUAUAGCUCGGGCAUACUUUAAGCGUGCCUUUUUGUUUAGUUAUUUGGAUUAUUAAAUAAGGCACGCUAAAAGCGUGCCUAAGCUAUAACAAGGAUGAAAAAGUCAAUUGAAAGUCUUAACAGGCAAAAAAGCAUUAAAAUCACUGAAAACGGGGCACGGGACAUAGAGCCUCCGUCUACUUCCAGCUCAGACAACGAAAUUAUUGCUAAGCCAGCUACAAAGCCUUUUUAUAAAAUGACGAAGAGGGUUCAAUUCAAACGACGCCUCGACAUGGCCCAAAAAUGCCUCGUAAUCUUAGGCUUCGAAGGGGUUUUCGGUGACGUUUUUAAACAAAAUAUCUGGGAAAAAGGGCCACUAAAGCUAUACCUGAGAAGAGAAGCUGUAAAAGGCGUUAAAAAGUUGCUUGAAGAUUUCCAAGUUAAUUAUUUUUACCUAUUUUUAUUAUAAGGGAAAUUAUUAUGUAAUAAAUUUAUAUUUUUUAGAAAAAUUUCGCAGAGAAUUAAUUACUGUAAAAAUUUUUUUGGCCUAUUGCCAAGAUUUCCAAGUCGUUUUAUUCAUUCAAUCCUCAAGAGUCCGUACCUCCAAACUAAUUGAUUUUUUCAAUAGCAAAAAUAUUCAUUUUGAUGGCGUCUACAGGACGAAAAAUAGUAAGGAUUUUGAAAAAGACCCAAACCCUAAACAAGCCCAAAAAGUCCAGCGUCGACAUUUAAAAUACUCAGAGUCUAUCCAAGACUACUCACAAAUUGCGCUUGAUUUUGGCUUACAGCACGAAACUUUAGAAAAAAUAUUAAUUGUGUCAAGCUUAAGCUUGGAUUAUGAAGAAAUUGAAAAUACAACAGGAAAAGACUUAUUAUUUAGAAAAUAUUCCAACCACCUGUAUGAUUUUCUGCCUAAAGCGGUGCCAAAUCAUAAAAAUUCAUCAGUGCCUCUACCAAUAACAUUUUUAGUCCCUAAUCCUAGAGCAAGCCAUAGCUUCUCAGGCUGUUCUUUUAUGGAAAUUGUAAAUUCUUUAGACUUGCUCUCAUCAUAUUCUAACCGAGGAGAAGAUAACGAAUGCUCCUGAUUUGACGGGUUUAUGCAGCUAAAAAUGAACCCUCAGCAAAGAUUCCAGGUCACAGAAACAAGUUUUUAUCAAUUUUCCCUUGCACGAGAGAAAUUUGAAGUAAAUAAAGAAAAAGUGAUGGACUAUAUUCAACUGAGAAGCAAAAGCAUGAGCAAUUUAUUAUGACUAAUCAAAUAAAUAAAGAAUUAAAAAAAAAAUUUAUUUGAAAAAUAAAUAUUUAUAUAAAUCUUGUAUAGAAAAUUAUGAAAGUCCUUGCUCAAGCCCACAGAAUAAACAGAGAUGCAGAUGCCCGACUGAUAUGAAAGAAGACUGCAUUAUUAAAGACAGUACAUCCUGCAGCAGCGAGCGUGCCCUCAGAAAUUACUCUAUAAACGGCAAAGAAAUCCCUAGUUCUUUUUUGAAAAACAGAUUUAUUGUCUUUAAUUCAUCAACUGUGUUCCCAUAUCGGUUCAUUCAUGACCAUACAGGCACCACAAAAAGUAAUUUAGUAAAUAUCACUAUAAUGUAA